CAUGAUACUAACAAACAAAUUUAUUUUAUCAAAAAAAAAAAAACCCAAUAGAAAAUGCAGGUAGUGAAGGAGUCAUCGUCUAUGAGGAUGGUUGGAGAAUCAAGAAUGGAGUCGAUAUACGAAAGGGUGAGGUUGUUAGUGUCAGGUAAUGCGGUGGUGGUUUUCACAAUGAGUGGUUGUUGCAUGUGUCACGUUGUGAAACAGUUACUGUUUGGGCUGGGUGUUGGACCUACUAUUGUUGAGCUAGAUAGAGAUGUUGCUGGCAAAGAAAUUCAUGCUUUGUUGUUUCAACUAGCCGGGGAUGGGCAGCAACAACCUGUGCCGGCCGUGUUCGUUGGUGGAAAAUUCUUAGGAGGAAUUGAAACAGUUAUGGCUUGUCAUAUAAAUGGUACACUUGUUCCUCUACUCAAACAAGCCGGAGCCCUCUGGCUCUAAUCCUAUAUACUAUUAGUAAAGGGAACAUUGACAAUUAUAUUGUCCUAGCUAGCUAGUAUCACUUUUUUUUUCUCCUUCUUUUUCACGAAGAAAUUAGGUAGGGUUUGUUGUAUUUUAUAAUGACUUACUCUAUCUUGGAUUUCAAUGAAUCAUAUUAGUAUUAUGUUUUUAAUAUUGAAUAUAAUUUAUUUUUCAUUAUUA